GCUGGAGACCACCAUCCUAAGUGAAAUAACUCAAAAAUAGAAAGACAAAUAUACCUUCCCACUCAUAAUUAACUACAAAAUGUGUAUUUAUGAAUGUAGAGAGUGAAAUGAUGAGCAUAGAGACUUGGAAGGGAUAGGGAGUGGGGAGGUGGACAAUGGAAAAUUACUUAAUGGGUACAAUAUACAUUAUUCAGGUGACAGCCUAAAACCCUGACUUGACCGGCAUACAAUCUGUGCAUAUAAUAAAAUCAUGCAUGUACUGCAUAAAUUUAUACAAAUACAAAAAUAGUAAUAUAAAAAUAAUCAAUUUUAGAAAUAAUGUUUACCAAUUAUGAUUUUGUCCUCUUAUGUAUUAUCGGGGAGCUGAAGAAACCCAGAACAACAAUUCCCAAAUGCAUAUUUACUGCGUUACCUCUGGUGACUGUAGUUUAUUUACUGGUUAACAUUUCCUACCUGACUGUUCUAACACCCAGGGAAAUCCUCUCUUCAGAUGCUGUAGCUAUCACAUGGGCUGAUCGAGUUUUUCCCUUAUUACCAUGGAUUAUGCUUUUUGCUAUUUCUACUUCACUAUUUAGCAAGCUUCUGAUUUCUAUAUCCGAAUCAUCGAGACCAAUAUAUCUUGUGAGCCAGGAGGGCCAGCUGACUUUGCUAUUUAACACACUUAAUAGACACUCCUCUCCAUUUACAGCUGUGCUACUACUUGUCAUUUUGGGAUCCCUUGCAAUUAUAUUAACAAGUCUAAUUGAUUUGAUAAACUGUCUUUUUGCCAUGAGUUCUUUUUGGUUUCUAUUAGCAAUGAUAAGAAUACUAAAGUGGAGAUACCAGGAACCCAACCUAUCUAUACCUUAUAAGGUAUUUUUGCCAUUUCCAUUGGUAGCAAUAGUCAUCGACAUGGGUCUGGUUGUGAUACCAUUGGUAAAGUCUCCAAAUGGGUAUUAUGUCUAUGUGCUUCUGUUAAUUCUCAGCGGAUUACUCUUUUACAUACUUUUAAUACAUUUUAAAAUAAGGUUGGUUUGGUUUGAUUUGCCUGCCUGA